UUACUCAUUCUUCUCUUCUAAAACCAUUUUCUUUGCUCAUAUAUUACAACAAAACAAAGGAAAGUUCAUUGUUUUAUAUCAAAGAAAGGUUUUUGUAGCACCCCAAUUACAAAAAAUGGCAGCUGCAUCAGUUAAUACAACAAUUUCAAUGCUUGACUCCAACAUGGAAACUGAUAAGCUCACGUACGAAAUUUUUUCCAUUCUUGAAAACAAAUUCCUCUUUGGCUAUGAUGAUAUAAAAACUUCAGACAAAAAUUUAUCAGCUCCGUUCGCCGGAAACAAGAAUGUCGGCACCGGAAAAGUCAGAAUUUUGACAAUUGAUGCUGGUGGGUCCACUGAUGGUGUCCUCGCCGGAAAAUCUUUGACCCACUUGGAAGAUACCCUUCGCCAGAAAUCGGGAAAACCAAAUGCUCAUAUUGCUGAUUUUUUCGAUGUUGUCGCUGGUUCCGGCGCCGGCGGUGUACUCGCCGGUCUUUUGUUCACACGUGGGAAUGAUGGGGUUCCUAUGUUUACUGCAAAGGAAGCUCUUGAUUUUGUUGUCGAGAAUGGUCGGAAAAUUUCCCGGAGUUUCAAGACUGGAGUUUUCCGGCGAUUUUCCCGACCGGCGAAGGUGUUUCGGAAAGUAUUCGGGGAUUUAACGUUAAAAGAUACGAUGAAAGCAGUUUUAAUCCCAUGUUACGAUCUUACUACUGGGGCGCCAUUUGUUUUUUCGCGCGCUGAUGCGUUGGAAAUGGAUGGCUGUGAUUUCACGAUGGCUGAUGUAUGUGGGGCCACGAUGGCUGAUCGUGCGGUGGAUAUAAAGUCUGUUGAUUGUAGGACGAAGAUCACAGCCGUUGGUGGUGGAAUUGCGAUGACUAAUCCAACCGCUGCAGCUAUUACACAUGUCCUCAAUAACAAGCAAGAGUUCCCAUUUGCUAAUGGAGUUGAAGAUUUGUUAGUAGUUUCUUUGGGAAAUGGAGAUUCAGAUUCCGGCACCGGAAAUGUGAUGUCGUCGCCGGCGGCAUUCGUUAAGAUUGCCGGAGAUGGAACUGCCGACAUGGUAGACCAAGCUGUAUCAAUGGCAUUUGGACAAUCUAGGAAAAAUAACUAUGUACGAAUUCAAGGAAAUGGAAUUGUUGGGAAGAGAAAUCAAAUAAUUAAAGAGGAAAACAUAAGCAAAGGUGAAAGAAUGAGGAAAAUGGUGGUCAUUGCAGAGGAAAUGUUAGGGCAAAAGAAUGUGGAAUGUGUCUUAUUUCAAGGGAAGAAGUUGGUUGAGAAUUCAAAUUUGGACAAGUUGAAGAUAGUUGCAAGUGAAUUAAUCAAAGAGCAAGAAAGGAGAAAAAACAGCAUAUUACCCCCUGUGAUCUUGAAACAUGCACCAUCAUCUCCUAGAACAUCUUCUGCAACAACUCUUUCAUCCAAUUCUUCAUGUUAACUCCAACAAUCAGUAAUUAUUCGGUGAAAUAGUUGACGUACGCGCAAACAAUUGUGAUAGAGUCGACGUGUGCGUAAACUAAUUCAAAUAUCAAAGGACUAGUAAUUACUAGGAUAGACAAUUGUGAGCUUGAGGUUAGUCAAACCGAAUUGAAUCGAGCUAAGUCAAUGUCUUGAAACAUGAGUGUGAAGCCACUCGUGAUGAAUUUAGGACGUCCGAGUUUGAGCUGAGCUGCUAGAAUUUCCCAAAAAAUUAUUUGUUUCUCGUUUUAUGAUUUUUUUUAUUUCAGCUCUUGGGUUGAUUAGUAGUUGAAAUGUAUAUUUAGGAAUGAAUCUUGAUGAAUGUUUAUAUGUAUAUGAUUUCAGUAAUAUGAAUGGAUUGCUCAUAA